CUUCAUCGCUUGUCUUCUACUCAUCCGAGGUACUGACUCAUCUCCUUCACGCAACAUAAUGGCCAACUGUGGACCUUCCUCUGCUGUCCCAUCCUGCGAAGCCGCUCCAGUCGUUGGCUUCGGAUCCGGAGGCUCCAGAAACUUUGGCAGAGGUUUUGGCUAUGGCAUUGGCUAUGGCAUUGGCUCUGGCAUCGGCUUCGGCUCUGGCAUCGGUUCUGGCUAUGGCCUUGGGGGCAACAUUGAAUCUGCAGCCAACUUGGGAAUUCUCUCCGGAGUGCAGCCAUCCUGCAUCAACCAGCUCCCCCCAAUAGAAGUCGUGAUGAAACCAGCUCCAGUUGUGAUCACCGUCCCAGGCGCCAUCCUCUCUGCCACCCCUGAGCCUGUUGAAGUUGGAGGCUAUGCCCCCUGUGCUGUUGGUGGUGUUGGCAUCGGUGGAAGUGGAUUAGGUAGUGGAUUAAGUAGUGGAUUAGGUAGUGGAUUCUAUGGUGGGAAUCUCGGUGGGCGCCUUGGGGGCAAUUAUGGACUCCUGAGAGGAAGAGGCAACAACUGUGGCCCCUGCGUGUAACUUCUCAUGGACUUCUGGCCAGGAAAAGGAACAAUGGAACAGUCAUUCUUUGGUUUAGCUGAGCUGAGCACCACCUUCCUGGAUGAAGUCCAUGGGAGCUGGGACAGUGUUUGGCAUCCUUAAGAAUAAGGCCCACCUAUCCUUUUGACCAUUCUACUUUCAAUCUCAAAAUAUCCCUCUCUGUUCCCGCUAUUUAUGUACCUUUCUUUAUUUCCCUGCCACCUUUCAUCUGAACAGAACAGAAACAGUACAUUCAAGACAAAGUAAUAACUCUAACCAUGUGAUGGAAAAGCUGUUUAUUCACUCAUGUUCUUUAUGAUUUCUUCUCCUCUCAAAUUUGCCUGUGUUCAGUCUUUAAUAAAACUAAUUCUGCAUGAUAAAA